AUGACAGAAAGUGCUAGUGAACAGAUGAUGCCAUUAAACAUGAGUUUAUAUGAUAUUCAUAAAGAUAAUCAAAUUAACAAAUAUUUCAAAUUUCAUAAUAAUAUUACAACGAUAAAUCGAAUGGGUCCUUAUGGUAUUAGGACAUUACAUGUUGCGAAUAUUUAUGAAUACAAUGAAGCUGUUCAAUUAUUAUUAACAAAUAGUACAGUAAAAUCAUUUGAAAAUAUUUCAUAUCAAUUAACAUCCUAUGGUGAAUCUAAAAUGGAUGAAAUAAAAAAAUUAUUUCUUAAAAAUUCGAAUUUAUUUCAUUCUCAUGAAGAAAUGCAACAUUAUGAUUAUAUUGAAUCGUCAUUAAUUAGUAAUAAUUUAAUAGAAAAACGUAAACAAUUUCGUGAACAAAUUGAUUUAAUUUUUUUCAAACAAGCUAUUCAAGAACAAAAUUAUUUAAAAUAUUUUAUUAAAGCUUAUACAUUAACAAAUAAUUUUUAUCGUGUUCUUAAUAAACAUCUAGCAUUGUAUAUAUUAGAUUAUUUUGAUACAUCAUCCUAUUCAUCUUCACCAACAAAAUAUCAUUUAAUUAAUUGUUUAGUACAUAUUGUAACCUUAUUAAUUAAUCAUCCAGAUAUACAUAAAUAUAAAUAUAAAGGUAUUGCUUAUCGUGGUUUAUUAAUGACAAGAAAUGAUUUAGAACGCUAUACUAUUGGUACUCAUAUAUUAAAUCGAUCAUUUGUGUCAACAUCAAAAAAUCCUUCAGUUGCUAAAAUGUUUGCUGAUAAUAGCGAACAAAAUAUUUUACAACAAACAUCAGAUCAUCAUGAUUUGGUACAAGUAUCUGUUUUAUUAAAAUAUACAAUUAAACAAAAUCAAACAGCUAUUGAUAUUGAACAUAUAUCAACAGUAGAAGAUGAAAAAGAAGUGUUAAUAUUGCCAUUUUCAGUAUUUCAAAUUAAAGAUAGAAUUGAUAAUAGUCCAAAACUGUGUCCACCAGUAUUAGUUGAAAUUGAAUUAGAAGAAUGCGAAGACGGUGAACAAAUAAAUACUAGAAAAGAGAGACGUAAGUAA